AUGAAGGCCAUGCCAUGUACCACUGUGAAGAUACAGACAGAGCCAGCUGAAAAUGGGGUAGAUGGUAGAAGAUUUAAAAGAUUUUAUGUUUGUUUAGGUCCACUAAAAGCUGGAUUCCUUUCUGGGUGUAGGCCACUGUUGGGUUUGGAUGGAUGCCACCUGAAGGGUCCCUAUCAUGGGAUAUUACUCACUGCUGUUGCAACUGACCCUAAUGAAGGGAUGUAUCCUGUUGCAUGGGCCCAGGUGGAAGCUGAGAAUAAUUCAAGCUGGGAGUGGUUCUUGAGUAUUCUAAAAGAUGAUUUGCACAUUGAAAAUGAUGAAAUCUAUACAUUUAUCUGUGAUCGACAAAAGGGUCUUGUGAAUGCCUUGGAAACUCAAUUUCCAGCUGCUGAGAAGAGAUUCUGCGUAAUGCAUCUUUACCAAAAUUUGUGCAAAGAGUCCAGAAGUUUGGGUGUUAGGAGGGAGAUGUGGGGGGCUGCCAAAUCAACCACUGACUACUUUUUUAAUAUGCACAUGGAAAAUAAUAAAAAGGUGAACAUGAAUGCUUUCAAAUGGUUAGCUGAGAAGCCCAAAUCUCAGUGGAGCAGAUGUGGUUUUAGAGAUAUUUGCAAAUCUGAUGUAUUUGUAAAUAAUAACUGUGAGAUUUUCAACAAUGCAAUUAAUCCAUUCAGAGGAAUGGGAAUUAUUACUAUGUUCAAGUCGAUCCACACAGCAUGUAUGCAAAGAAUUGAGAAAAGGAAAUCAAAAAUGGAGGCUAGAAACACUGUUUUCUGUACAAAAGCAUUAAAAAAGCUUGACAAGGCAAUGAGGCUUGCUACAAAGGCAAGGCCUGUAUGGAAUGGCGGCGACAAAUUUCAAGUCACAAUGAGUGCUGGAGGUCAUGAAAUAGUUGUGGACUUGAAGAAAAGGGAGUGUGCUUGUCGAAAGUGGCAACUCACAGUUGAGGCAAGAGAAUCUGACCCCACAAUGUUAAAGAGAAAGGGAACUAGCUUAAGAUGUGGAAUCUGUCAAGAAUAUGGUCACAAUUCAAGAACUUGCAAAAAGAAACAGAAGGCUGACAAUCUGGACAAGGAGAUGGAAGAAGUGCUGGGUUUUGUUGGUGAGGAAGAAGUAGGUGGACUGGACAAUUCCAAAAGAGCACCUAGAUGUAAUUACUGCAAGGAGGUGGGACACAAUACCAAGACAUGCACUGCUAAGCAACUUGAUGAGAGGAACAAAAAGAAAGAAAAAGUGGUUGAAAGUCAAGGAUCUCAAACCACACACCAAAUGGACAAUACUAGCAACCCUACAGUCAAUUCCAGCAUUAAAGGAACCACACAUGGAGGUACUGCAAGACCAUUUAAACCUCCAGCCAAAGUUGGACCUCUAGGUGUAGAAGCAUCCUCUGUUGGAAAGAAAAAGACCUUUACUUCUUUGAGGAAUCUAGAGAAGGCUGCAGUGAUAAGGAAAAAUGGACUUGGCAAGAAAGAUUGA